AAGGUCACACUACACAGCCGCGAAGUUGUUUUUAUUUGUUUUUCCUCUCUGAAAUUAAAAUAAAUCUACGCUUAAUAAGAAAAACAAUGGCUGAUAAACAAUCCAAUGCGGAAGCAACCAAGUCAGUCCAAGCAUCCGCAGUUCCGAAACAGGAGGAUAAAGAGCAGAAAAAAAAGACGCCAGGAAGUCAAAACUCGGGCUCAGCUGAUGGCGGGAAAACGUCGGAAAAGUCGGAAAAGCCGGCUGGCCAGCCCACCGCCUACAGCAUGCGACCCGCUUUUGGAGAGAUGUUUCCCCUGCCCACCAUCAAGAACAUAAUGAACAACGUGAUGGCCGACAAGCUCAAGGACAAAACCUACGACAAGGAUGUGGCCAAGACGUGGACGAGUGAGAUCGCGGACGAGGUGAACCAGCAGAUAGCCAGCAGCUCCAAGGUGAAGCGCUACAAGCACGUCGUCCAGGUGAUGCUCGGCCAGGAGCUGGGCGCGGGGGCCACCUACAACUCGCGCUGCUGCUGGGACUGCGACUGCGACACCUCCGUCUCCGAGGUCUUCAGCAACACCAGUCUCUUCUGCGUGUGCACCGUCUUCGGCACCUACCAGUACUAGACGGGGAUCCUAGAGACCUGCACGAGUAGUACGAAGGGAACGUGGACCGCGAAUUCUUUAGAACAGAAGAAUCCAACAUAGAAUCCAACUAUUUGAAACCCUGCAUGAGAUCAUCAAC